GUCGUGUACGUACCAUCCACUGUGUUUGUAGAAAAAAAGGCAAACUUGCCCCAGGCGAGUGAGUGCGUAUGCUCGAUGCAAUUGCCUCUGAAGUCUGGGGCGAAUCUAUUAGGAGCAAAAACUUGAUGGAUUCAGGUAAACCCGUCAUGUGAGUAUUCGAAAUCAUUCCUCAAGGCCGCGACCUGUGUCAAAUCUACGAUUGAAUCAUUAGGUUUUGGGAUGAAAACGCCCCUCGAAAAAAUCUCAAGAUCUCGAAAACAUUUGAAAAUACCCUUCUACAAGCAUUGUUUCUCCAUUGCCCCCAAAUCUUGAGUUUUUCUGGGUCAUAGGACAAUGCAGAUAGUGCUUUUGCUUUCUUUGCCUCUGAAGUCUUUGAAGUCUUUGGUCUUCUGAAAGGUCUCACCGAAUAUGGCGAAGAAUACCCACAUACGGCCCAAAGCUGGCCCUAUCUAGCAAAAGAAGUCUCUUUCCCCAGUUUUGCCAUUGAUAUAAUGUAAAUUUCUAUUCUAGUAGUUCUUUCAGGUGUCUAUCUUCAUUGCAUAACUAUGAGUGAAAGUGCUAAGCUUUUACCGUCUCUAGGCCUAUCUUUGGACCUAUAUUGGGCAGCAAUGAUUUCCAUGUACCUUAUCGGUCAUGUUGGCCACUGCCUUGUCUCUUCGCCGCCACAUGACAAAAUAUUAUAUUCCAUGGGCAUAUUGGUUCAUGGUACAAUUAGCUCUAAUUGUAAACUUUCUCUAUAUAGUGGUUGUCCGUUUCUGUAUCAACUUGAACAAUCAACUUCCAGGAUUGAUGAAGGAAGGAAGGAGUUUCCCAAAAUAGCCUCUUUUGUUAUGAAUUUGAGUCAGAUUCUGUCAUCGCACUCAGCAACUCAUUCCAAUAAUACAAUGCCCUCCAGAGAAAGAAGACCGCGUCUUGAUGGUUGGGGUAAGUUCACUUAGUGUUAAUCCGGAAGUAAAUGCUAACAACCAACCUUAGGAAGAUUCAAGGUAGCGAUCAUUACAUUUUCGUUAUAUGCUUUGGCAAUUCCCAUUUUACUUUUUCAUAGUACGUCUACCACGCGCAACAAAAGCAAGGAUUUAACAUAUUGCGUCAGUUUUACUGCUAAUUGGAUGUGGCACCGACUCACCUGGCAUGGAUAAUAUAUACGUUUCCUCACUCUCCGGAACCGGAAUCAGAUUCUCCUACACCUGUAAGCCAACAUUUUAUUUUUGCUUGGCUCCCGGUUUAUACUUCCCAUCUUCUCCUGCUAACGCACUCAGCCAUUUGCGCGCCAUCUUCAGGUGGACAUACCUGCGGACCCAGCAUCGGGAAAUCCCCUCUUCUCCUAUCCACAAUCUACAAUCUCACCAGCCCCCACUCAACCCUCCAAUACGCUAUAGAUCUUCAAAAAAGCAUUUCCUUCGUCAUCCCCGCCAUGUCAGCGCUCCUCUUCCUCUUCGCCCUCAUCUCCCUCAUUACCGCCCGCGGAAUCACCAAACACAACGGAACCAACUCCCACAUCCACAUCUCUUCUAUAAAAUUCCUAUUCUGGUCUUCGGCCGCCGCGGCUUUUGCUGCAGCUUAUACUCUUACAUCUACCGGUGCCGCGCUAGCCGUACACUCUAAAUUUUCGACAGAAGGAAACUCAGGGAUGGAUGUUGAGCCUGGAAAGGUGAUGUUAGCGCUUCAAUGGAUGACGUGGGUAUUUACUAUAAUGGCUGCUGUUAUGAGUGGGAGUAUCAUGAAAACGUUUUUGGAGGGGCCAUCGAGGAGAAGGAGGUCGAAUAGUAGUAGGAGGAGUCUAUAUGCUAGGGCUCUGGAUAUGGUGGGGCUUGCGCCGCCUUACUCGAGGGAUCCUUUGCCCGGACCGCCAAACUUGAUUUCUCCUAUUUGAGAUUUUAGGGGACGGGGUUGUUCAGGACUUUUAUUGUAUCUGAUUUUGAUUUGAGAAUGGGAUAGUGGGUUUAAGUCACUGUGGCUGUUUAUAGUUGAUGUCUCCCCAGCAUUAUACAUUGCGCUGUAAAGGUAGAUGGUUGUCCUUUUGAAUUAUUUAAGAUUUAUAUUAGCAAU